ACCCUAACUACCUUCUCACUCUUUCACUCACUGAUCUCUUCACUCUCAAUCAACUACAAUCAACUUUCCCUUCUCUCUCUCUCUUUAAAGCCUUCCAAAAUCCAAAUCCAAAUGUGAUUCCCUAGAUCUCUCUCUCCCUCUCUCUCUUUUCUUUCUCUCCACCGAAACGCCUCAUGCCAUUGUCGUUUUACUUGAUCCGCCCUUCUCGCUAGCUUUUCCUUCAUUCGUUUUCGCCUCUCGAUCUCGUGGACGGCUGAGAUUGGCUGUUGUUGUUGUCGAUCAUUGGAGAUGAGGGCGAUAGAGUUAAUUAUGUGCAUAAAUAUAUUUAUGUUAUUCUCUGUUUUGAUUAUUGCGAGAGCGGAGGUUUAUAUCGUGACGGUUGAAGGGGAGCCUAUUAUAAGUUACAAAGGCGGCGAGAAUGGUUUCGAAGCCACUGCCGUGGAAUCUGAUGAGAAAAUAGACCGGACCAGUGAAUUUGUGACAUCCUAUGCCAGUCAUCUUGAAAAGAAACAUGAUAUGCUUCUUGGGUUGCUUUUUGAGCAUGGGACUUACAAAAAGCUCUACAGCUAUAAGCAUCUUAUAAACGGCUUUGCCGUUCACACUUCUCCUGAACAGGCAGAAAUCCUACGACGUGCCCCUGGUGUGAAAUCUGUGGAAAGAGAUUGGAAGGUAAGGAAACUUACGACACACACUCCCCAGUUUUUGGGGCUACCGACUGGAGUAUGGCCAACCGGAGGUGGCUUUGAUAGGGCUGGUGAAGAUAUUGUGAUAGGAUUUGUAGAUUCUGGAAUUUAUCCUCACCAUCCGAGUUUUGCAACUCACAAUACUGAACCAUAUGGGCCUGUGCCAAAGUACAGAGGAAAAUGUGAAGUUGAUCCUGAUACUAAGAAGGACUUCUGCAAUGGAAAAAUCAUUGGUGCUCAACAUUUUGCUGAAGCUGCAAUAGCAGCUAAGGCAUUCAAUCCUGCUAUUGAUUUUGCUUCUCCCAUGGAUGGUGAUGGACAUGGGAGUCACACAGCGGCUAUUGCAGCUGGAAAUAAUGGUAUUCCUGUUAGAAUGCACGGCCAUGAAUUUGGUAAAGCAAGUGGAAUGGCGCCCCGUGCCAGGAUUGCUGUGUACAAGGCUCUCUACAGGCUUUUUGGAGGCUUUGUUGCUGAUGUGGUUGCUGCAAUUGAUCAGGCUGUUCACGAUGGGGUGGAUAUACUCAGCCUUUCAGUAGGGCCAAACAGUCCUCCAGCAACUACCAAAACCACAUAUUUAAAUCCUUUUGAUGCCACUCUUCUUUCUGCGGUGAAAGCAGGCGUAUUUGUUGCACAGGCAGCUGGUAAUGGAGGUCCUUUCCCCAAAACAUUGGUGUCUUAUAGCCCAUGGAUAGCAUCUGUCGCAGCUGCAAUUGACGAUCGCCGAUACAAAAACCAUCUGAAUCUAGGAAAUGGAAAAAUUUUAGCUGGAAUUGGGUUGUCCCCUGCUACACAUCCAAAUCGAACAUUCACCUUGGUUGCUGCAAAUGAUGUUCUUCUUGAUUCUUCUGUGGUUAAGUACGGUCCCUCUGACUGCCAAAGACCCGAACUAUUAAACAGGAAGUUGGUUCAGGGCAACGUUCUUCUUUGUGGUUAUUCCUUCAAUUUCGUUGUUGGUACUGCAUCAAUUAAGAAAGUUUCAGAAACGGCAAAAAGCCUGGGUGCAGCUGGCUUUGUUCUUGCUGUGGAAAAUGUUUCCCCUGGAACAAAAUUUGAUCCUGUUCCUGUUGGUAUUCCUGGGAUACUUAUAAUAGAUGUCUCUAAGUCAAUGGAUCUUAUAGACUACUACAACACUUCGACAUCAAGAGACUGGACUGGAAGAGUGAGGAGUUUCAAAGCUACUGGUACUAUUGGGGAUGGUUUGAUGCCUAUUCUUCAUAAAUCAGCACCGCAGGUAGCAUUAUUCUCUGCUAGGGGGCCCAAUAUCAAGGAUUUCAGUUUCCAAGAUGCAGAUCUUCUCAAGCCAGAUAUUCUGGCACCUGGUUCUCUUAUUUGGGCUGCUUGGUCUCCAAAUGGAACGGAUGAAGUUAAUUUCGUUGGAGAAAGUUUUGCCUUGGUCUCUGGAACUAGCAUGGCUGCACCACAUAUAGCUGGUAUAGCUGCUCUUAUAAAGCAGAAGCACCCUCAUUGGAGCCCUGCCGCUAUAAAAUCAGCCUUGAUGACGACAACAACAAAGCUGGACAGAGCUGGAAGGCCUCUUCAAGCACAACAAUAUUCUGAAACAGAAGCCAUGAAGCUGGUUAAAGCUACACCUUUUGAUUAUGGGACUGGUCAUGUCAAUCCUAGAGCGGCCCUGGAUCCUGGACUUGUCUUUGAUGCAGGUUAUGAGGAUUACUUGGGGUUCUUGUGCACAACACCUGGUAUCAACAAAAAUGAGAUAAAGAACUACACGAAUUUACCCUGCAACUACACCAUGGGCCAGCCAUCAAAUCUCAACACUCCAUCGAUCACCGUAUCUCAUCUUGUGAAGUCUCAAACAGUUACUCGCACAGUCACAAACGUCGCAGAGGAAGAAACCUAUGUGAUCACUGCCAGAAUGCAACCAUCCGUUGCCAUCGAUGUCAACCCUCCAGCAAUGACGCUGAAACCUGGUGCAUCGCGUAAGUUCUCUGUGACACUCACUGUUAGAACAGUGACUGGAACAUACAGUUUCGGAGAAAUUUUCAUGAAAGGUAGUCGAGGGCAUAAGGUAAAGAUCCCAGUUAUAGCUCAGGGAUAUUGGCGAUAGAGAUCGAGAUGGAGAUUGAGAUGGAGGAGGUUGAUGUUAGUUGAGUACUUUGUAUGCUUGUAAUAUUCUUUGUAAUCUGUGGCAAUAAGAUAAGAUAUAAGGCAAAAUAUAAUAUUUGUCUGAAAUAUAUAUGUGGAGUAGGUGUAAAGAUAAAACUAGUAUAAGGGGGAGACUCCCAGUUUCUUCCACUCAUAAGUUUUGCUAAUGAGAUUAGUGAUUUUAUAUAAAUCUGCUUUCAAUA